AAAUUUCUUUAGUCUGAACUAAUAACACUCUCUAAACGGUUGUGAUUUUGAAAGAAAAAACUUUUAAAAACAAUUAUCAUUUAAAUAAAUAACUCAUGAAAUGAAUUUAAAAUUAAUAAAUCACUAUGUGUAUAGUGGCUUCCUAUUAAUAUGUUGCUGUUUAAGCGUGAAAUGUGAGGAAGACAUAUUUGCCAACCCAGUGGCCAAACAAAUUUUAAAAUUAUCAAAAGCCGCUGAUAUUAAAGCGUUUAUGAAUCAAAAUGUUGAUCCCUGCGAUGAUUUUUAUACAUAUGCCUGUGGUUCAUGGCAUGCAAUUAAUCCGGCCCAAUAUAAUCGCAAUAUAAACACGGACAAGUUUCAAUCUUUAACCAAAGGCAUUGAGGGAAGACUUAAAGAAUUGUUGCUAAAGAAAAAAACCGGAAAUGGUGAUGUGGAAGAUAAAAUUAAAGAUUUUUUUGCCUCUUGUCAGAAUGCCUAUCUUGACACUACAAAAUAUCGUUCAUCGUUGGCUAAAAUCUACAAAGAGUUUGGUGAAUUUUCCGCUUUAAAAACAGAGGACCAGUUAAAGAAUACCAGUUCAGAAUGGUGGUCAACGGUGGCAAAAAUUCAACAUAAAUUUGGGAGAUCCAUAAUACUAUCGCUAUAUAUAUUAGAUGAUUUAAAAGAUAAGUCCAAAACAAUGCCCUAUAUAGGACCUCCAGAAUUUGAAAUGACCCAGGGGGCGUUUAAUAUGGUGCAUAACAUACAAGAAGACAGAAUACGCAAAUAUAUGAAGCUGUACUUGAACAUGACUGCCGAGGAUGCAGCAGUAAGCGCCAAAAACGUAAUGACUUUCGAAAACAAUUUAACUUGGGGUGCUACUGAUGUGCGUCUGGGUAAAAGUGUUGAGGAAUUGUUGACCUUGUAUAAUACCACCGAUUUAAUGGAGAAAUAUAAUGAUUUAUUCGAUGUAAAACAAUAUUUGGAAAUCGUGUUAGGUACAAAAGAUUUGCCAGAACAGAUCUAUGUCUAUGAUGAAUCUUAUUUGGAGGGUCUAUAUGAUGUUUUCAACACCACCGAUAACGAACUUGUAGAGGACUAUAUACUAUGGUUAUUUUUGGAUGAAUUUAUUGUCGAUUUCACAUACAGCAAUAUGCUGCCGGAGUGCAUAGAUAAAUCGAAAAAAUAUUUUGGUAAAUUUGUUGAUCAUGCCAUCUAUAAUCAAUAUCGAAGCAAAGAGGCCGAAGCAGAAAUAUACGAACUAUGGGAUGAUAUUAAAAGUACACUUAAACACAAUUUCGAGACUGAAAAAUAUUAUUGGAUAGCGCCUAAGACACGUCAGGAAGCCGUUAAGAAAUUAAACAAUAUGAAUUUAACCAUAAACUCCUAUGAUAGUGACAAUUUCGUUGAGCUAUUUAAAAAUCUGGACAUAGAUCCCGCCAACUAUGUACUCAAUGUAAAAAAUAUUUUGGAGCAUGCCGAGUCUUUAAGAGAAAACAAAUUGGAAAAGAAAACUGAAGAAGAUACUCAGGUAUUGUCCUUUACACCUGUUUAUAACAUUUUGGAAAAUCAAAUCAAAAUUCCAGUAGCUCUGCUGCAGCCACGCUAUAUUUGGGAUCCCAUAUAUCCUAAAGCCAUACAGUAUGGCACUUUGGGUUAUCUCAUAGCUCAUGAAAUGAUUCAUGGUUUUGAUGAUGAAGGUCGCAAUUAUGAUGCCAAUGGCAAGGCCUUCAACUGGUGGGAUGAGAAAUCUGCCUAUGAAUUUGAAUCGAGACGCAAAUGUUUCAUAGAACAAUAUCACAACUACACUUAUGAUGGAAAACGUUUACCCAAAAGUGGUUUGCAAUCAGAAAAUAUUGCCGAUAAUGGUGGCGUUAAUAUAGCUUAUAAUGCCUAUGAGCGUUGGUUGUCUAAGCGUAAAGUAGUCGAAAGUGAUGUUGAAAAGAAUGACACCCUGCCACGUUUACCCUUCAAUAAUCGUCAAUUGUUUUUUGUAAGUUUUGCUCAACUGUGGUGUGAGGAUAUACUUUCGAUGUUCCGUAGUUCAUUUGCUAACGGUGAUAUACAUGCCCCCGGAAUAUUCAGAGUCAUUGGUUCAUUAUCAAACUCUAGAGAAUUCUCGUGGUUGUUUAAUUGUGACAAGAAGACAACAUCUAACAUGAAUCCACCAAAGAAAUGUGAAAUCUAUUGAAUAAAUAAAAAUUUAUUAAUUUUAAAAGAAUCCGCACCAGAA